CGGAGGAACCGACACUGAGCCACCGACCAGGCCUUCGCUCCUUCCCCGCUCAGAGCGCCGCGCACAGCCGCCGCGAUGGAGGCGGUGCCCCGGAUGCCGAUGAUCUGGCUGGACCUGAAGGAGGCGGGCGAGUUCCCGUUCAGCCCGGCCGUCAGGCAGUUCAUCUUGAAGAACUACGGAGAGAAUCCUGACAACUACAACGAGCAGCUGAAGAAGCUGGAGACUCUGCGGCAGGGAGCAGUGAACGUGACGAGGGAUUUCGAAGGAUGCAGCACGUUGAGGAAGUACUUCGGUCAGCUGCAUUACCUCCAGAGCCGAGUUCCCAUGGGGCCGAGCCAGGAGGCUGCUGUGCCCAUCUCAUGGACUGAGAUCUUCUCUGGAAAAACAGUCACUCAUGACGACAUCAGCUACGAACAGGCCUGCAUCCUCUACAACCUGGGGGCCCUGCACUCCAUGCUGGGAGCCAUGGACAACAGGGUGUCUGAGGAGGGCAUGAAGGUGUCAUGUACCCACUUCCAGUGCUCAGCUGGAGCCUUCUCCUACCUGAGAGACCAUUUCAGCCACAACUUCAGUGUGGACAUGAGCCACCAGAUCCUGAACCUUAACAUUAACCUCAUGCUGGGUCAGGCUCAGGAGUGUCUUCUGGAGAAAUCCAUGUUGGACAACAGGAAGAGUUUCCUCGUUGCCCGUAUCAGCGCUCAGGUGGUGGAUUACUACAAAGAGGCCUGCAGGGCUCUGGAGAACUCAGAGACGGCCUCCAUGCUGGGGAAGAUCCAGAAGGACUGGAAGAAACUGGUUCAGAUGAAGAUCUACUACUUUGCUUCCAUUGCACACCUUCACAUGGGAAAACAGGCGGAGGAGCAGCAGAAGUACGGAGAGCGGUUGGCGUACCUGCAGAGCUCCAUGGACAAACUCAGUGAAGCCAUCAAGCUGGCGAAGGGUCAACCUGACAGUGUGCAAGAGGCCUUGAGGUUCACCAUGGACGUUAUUGGUGGAAAGUUCAAUUCAGCCAAAAAGGACAAUGACUUCAUCUAUCAUGAGACAGUUCCUUCUCUGGAAACUCUGGCCUCAGUCAAAGGUGCACCACUGGUCAAAGCUCUCCCAGUCAACCCAACAGAUCCCACCGUCACCGGACCAGACCUGUUCUCUAAGUUGGUGCCGAUGGCUGCACAUGAAGCGUCUUCUCUUUACAGUGAGGAGAAGGCCAAGCUGCUGAGGGACAUCAUGGCCAAGAUAGAAAUCAAGAACGAAACACUAGAGCAGUUCAUGGACUCCCUGGGCUUGGAGCCGGAGUCUGUGGACAACCUGGACAUGUACAGUCACAUCCCCCCCGUCCUGAUGGAGAAAUGUGCGGCGCUCAGUGUCCGACCCGACACCGUCAAGAGCCUCAUCCAAUCCAUGCAGGUGCUUUCAGGCGUCUUCACUGAUGUGGAGUCUUCACUGAGGGAGAUCAGAGACGUCCUGGAGGAGGACGAGACCGGCGAGCGAGUCCUGCAGGAGGUCGGCGGCCCCUCCGCGGGCGACGUGCACCCGGCAGCACAGGGCCAGGCUCUGGCUGAGAUCCACCGGGACCUGGAGAAGUACAUGGAGGCCCACGAGAAGGCCAGCUUCACCAACACGGAGCUCCACCGGGCCAUGAACCUGCACAUCAGCAACCUGCGUCUGCUGGGGGGGCCACUGGAAAGUCUGAGAGAGGCCCUGCCCCGGCCCCAACUCAGUGAAGAGGAAGUGGCCGGGCUGCAGUGCAUGAAGCGGAUCCUUGGGAAGGUCCAGGAGAUGAGAGAACAGAGAGGCUCUUUGGAGAAGCAGCUCCGUGACCUCAUCCAGCACGACGACAUCACCUCCACCCUCGUCACCACGGAGCGGGCGGACAUGAAGCGCAUAUUUGAGGACCAACUGAAGAAGUACGAGCAGGUGAAGGUUUACAUCGAGCAGAACCUGGCAGCUCAGGAGAACAUCCUGAAGGCCCUGACGGAGGCUAAUGUCCAGUACGCCUCGGUUCGCAAGGGCCUGAUCCAGACGGAGCAGCAGUGGAACGGCACCGUCCAGGGCCUGGUGGGCUCCUACGAAGCCUACGAGGACCUGAUGAAGAAGUCCCAGGAGGGGAAGGAGUUCUACGAUGACCUGGAGGCCAAAGCGUCCCGGCUGCUGGAGAGGUCGAAGGCCUUGUGUCACACGAGAACCGAGGCGAGGAAGCCCGUGCUGGAAAAAGAGACCCAGAAGAAGCCCCCAGCUCGACCCACCGCAGCAAAGCCCUCCCUGAUGCCAAAGAAUCCAGAUGACGACUCUGCCUGCUCGAGCCUGGACGACCCGGAACUGGCCCAGCUCAGUGCAGCCAUAUUGGCCCUGGGAGGUGACCUACCGGAGGAGCUCCGCAGCCUCCCCCCCGACAUUCCCUCCCUCACCACCUCUCGUCAGCCCGGCCCUGAAGCCUACAUCCCCCCCGGUGUGAACCUGGGUGGCAGCAGCUCUCUGCCUUGGCCUGGUGCUCAAGCUGCCGGUCACCCUCGCUUCCCGGCCAACCUGCCACCUCCGGAACUUUUGGCACGGAUCGCUCAGUUUCCCACUUCAGGAGCUUUGCCACAUGGACACCUUCCCCAGAUGCCUCCACAAAUGCAGACAGUGGCAGGUUAUCGGCCACCGCCUCUUCAUGCUCCCCAGCCGACACCAGUCCGACCCUCGACCACCACUGUGGACAGCAUUCAGGCCCCGAUCCCCAGCUACGCCCCGACACCCCACCACCCGCACCCAGCUGGCUACGCUGUCCCGCCACAGAUGGGGGCCUAUCCCCACUUUAUGCCCCAACCAGGGAUGCAGCUUCGAGGCCCAAGCCAAACUCCUGCACCCCAACCACAGCAGCAGAAACAUCCACAGCACUACCCCCAAGCCAUGGGGCAACAGCUGCCUCAGGGCUAUCAGCCUGCACCAAUGCCCGGCCCUCACCUCCAGGCCCAGCAAGGCUACCCUCAUGGAUAUAUGCCCCAGCAGCCUGGUGUUCCUCCACAGUACCAGCAGGCAUUCCCAGGACAGAUGCAAAAUGGCUUCCAGCCGAGACCUCAGUUCCCACAAGGCUAUCAGACUCCGCAGGGCUAUGGGCCCCAGCAGCACCAUCAGAUGAUGCCAGGCUCCAUACCAAGGCCUCCUCAAACUGCACACCCACAAAUGCCUGCAACAUCUCAGCCAGCUCCCCCCGGGUCACAGCCCUACCUGCCCCAUCCCAACCAACAGAUGCCCAUGGGCCUCCCUCACCAACACAUGUUGCCACACCAGCAACAACAAAUGUCAAUGCCCCCCAAUGCCCAGCAGAUGCCACCACACCCACAGAUGCAGAUGCCAGGAGGUCCCAGACCCCAGAUGCCCCCCACAAGUCAGCCAAUGGCGCCCGUCUCACAGAACUACAUGCCCCCCACCAGUCAGCACAUUCAUCCUGCAAUGCACCCACAGAUGCCCCCUGCCUCACAACCUCAUAUGGUCCCUGGUCCUCAGGUCCACAUGCCAAGGGGCCCUAUGCCACAAAUGCCCCCCGGUGCACUACCCCAACAGCAUCAGCAGCAUCACCCCCACCCCCACCCCGGGCAGCCUCCUAUACCAAACAUGCCCCAGCAGCCUAUUCGGAUGCCCGGCCAGCCCCAGGCUCAGCCCCCUCACUCUGGGGGAGUGUGCUACCCAGGAGGGGCUCCGAUGAUGCCUCAGCAACCCCUGGCCCCUCAGCCUGCUCCCCCCCAACCUCAGGUCCCACUCCCCAUGAUUCAUCCACAGCCUUCUACUAUGUACCCUUCAGCUCCAGGACCUAAUGUACCUGCAAGUGCCCCACAGCAGCCCACUGCCAUGGGACCCCUUGGUCCACAUGCUCCCUCUGCUCAGCACAUGAUCCAGCCCUCCCCUGCUCAACCACCCGUCCCUCCUUCCCCUUCACCUUCCCCCUCUCCAUCUCCCUCCCCAGGCCCUACAUCUCUGGGUCUGAGACCCACACCAGCCCCCACCCCCGGAGGCACAGCACCACCCACUCUUCCCUCUCCCUCUGCUGUCUCUCCCUCCACUUCGCUUUUUCAACGGCAGAACUCGAGCACAGACGACCUCCUCUCCUCGAGCCCAGAGAGCCAACCCGGAGGCCCCAAGGCCCCGACCAAUGUCCUGCAGCCGACUAAAGCUGACCCACAGGACGGGGAGCGUCGGAAGAAAAGCACCCAGGCGGUUCUCCUGAUCCAGGGCGACCCGUACCAAGCCCCAGAGCGUGUGGCCCGGCUUCAUGGUGAACUGGAACGUUACAGAGCCCAAGUAGAUGCCCUGGAGCACCCCACUGAAACUGAGGGCGGCCUGUCAGUGCUGGACGCCCGCUGGAAGGAGCUCCAGGAGCAGCAGGAGAAAGACGCCCGUCAGCUGUCCAUCGCCAUCGCCCGCUGCUACACCAUGAAGAACCGUCACCAGGACGUCAUGCCCUACGACCUCAACCGCGUGAUGCUGCAGUCCGGCAAAGACGACUACAUGAACGCCAGCUACGUGGAGGACUUGUCCCCGUACUGCCCCCGCCUUAUUGCCACUCAGGCUCCCCUCUCCGGCACAGCAGCAGACUUCUGGCUGAUGGUGUACGAGCAGAAGGUGUCUCUGAUCGUCAUGUUGGUGUCGGAGCAGGAGCUUGAUAAGGGAAAAGUUCUGCGCUACUUCCCCACAGAGCGCGGCAAGCAGGUCGCUCAGGGACCAAUCACACUCAGCCUGACCACGCAGAAGACGGCACCGACCCACGUGGAGCGAAUGAUCAGCCUGCAGUACCGCGACCAAAGCCUGAAGCGCACCGUCGUCCAUCUGCAGUUCACCUCCUGGCCGGAGCUGGGUCUUCCUGAGAGCAAGAGCAACCUGCUCCGAUUCAUCACGGAGGUCCACGGGCACUACCUCCACCAGAGGCCCUUACACACACCUGUUGUGGUGCACUGCAGCUCGGGGGUGGGACGCACCGGCGCCUUCUGUCUGCUGUACGCGGCGCUGCAGGAGCUGGAGGCGGGAAACGGGAUCCCAGAUCUGCCCGUGCUGGUGAAGAAGAUGAGACAGCAGAGGAAGAACAUGCUCCAGGAGAAGCUGCACCUGAAGUACUGUUACGAGUCCGUGUUGAAGCACGCGGAGAACGUCCUGCAGCGCCACGGCAUCACCACCGCCACCUGCAGCAAGAACACCAACGCUGCAGCCACCAAGCCUUACUCGAGACAGGAGUCGCAGCAGGAUAUCGUCCUGGGCGGAGACAUGCCCAUCAGCUCCAUCCAAGCCACCAUCGCCAAGCUCAGCAUCCGGCCGCCCAGCGCCACCGACCCGGCCAUGGAGCAGGCUGAGGAGCCGGCUGGUUCCAUCUUACCCGACCUGGACUCUCUGGGGACAGACAUCCAGCUGUUCCAGGACGCCGACCUGCCGACAGAUACCCACCCCCCUUCCUCCUUCAGCCCACCCCUCUCCUCACCUGCCCACUCUCCACCUCCUCCCAACGGCCUGGACGUCAUCUCCCCCUCCCCUCCUGCAGAGGCUGUGCCGAGCGCCGUCCCACCCCCCGCUUCCUCUGCUCCCUCGUCCCUGGAUCUUCUGGCCUCGAUGACGCCAGAGGCCUUCUCCAUGGAGGGAGGGGGCCGGGGGAAGCAGCGGGUGACCAGGCAGAGCUUCCUGCAGCCGGUGGAGGGUCAGGGUCUCCACGGGACUCGGGGAGAUAAAGGUGACGACCCGCUCGGCACCCUGGACCCCCUCUGGAGCCUCAACAAGCAGUGAGUCCACAGGCCGCUGCUGUCUCUCACUCUACCACCAGGCGUCACUAGAGGCCUGUCGCCCUUUCCAAUCCCGCUUUGAAGAGAAAACUAAACGAGCUGAAUUCUGGGAGAAGUUCUGUUGAUUACCAAGAUGUGCCUGGUGGCAGACGGUCGGGGGGUGAGAUGGGAAGUCGGGGGUUUGAAACCUGAAACACACUUUGCGUCUCCCUGCAUCACUGGUGGCUUCUGGGACCAGAUCACUAUGCACUCGUCUGUAUCUGUUCAUUCUUUCUGUUGCUCUUUGCUGCUUUUCUUUUUAUGUCCGUGACGGAUGGAACCUGCUCUGCACUUCUAGCACCUGAUCCUAACACCCCCCCC